AUGAACACGGACGCACUACUCCGCUUUAAUUGCCGCAAGCGCUGCCUACCGGCUGACGGUCGCCUCGACGACCACUGGCGCGGCCAGCAGCGCAAGCGCCGCGGCGUGCGCGUCCUCGUUCCCGACUGCUUCCUCGUGCCCCCGCCGGAAGCCAAAUCCGCUGAUUUCGACAUGUGGGACUACAUCUGCAGCAUCCCCGACAGGCUGGGAUGGGGCAACGGCCUGAGGCUGCUCAAGGGCUGGGUCCGUGCGUCGAAGGAUGUGCCGCAGGAUCCGUCGGAUCUCACGUGUCUCACCAAGAAUAGCGAUGUGAAGCCAGGGCGCGUGGUGGUCGCGGGGAAUUGGAAAGUAGAUGACCCCGUGAAGGUCGCUUUGAAGGCAGCGGCGCCGCCUCCUCCUCGGCGGGAAAAGGUGAAACCGUAUUGGAAGUAUCUCCACGAGGAGACGAGACAUAAUGACAAGAGCUUGGGCGAGAUCGACGCCCGGGUGGCUCUUCUGGAGAAGACGCUUGAGGAGCAGAGGAGGGUGGCUCUUCUGGAGAAGACGCUUGAAGAGCAGAGGAGGGUGGCUCUUCUGGAGAAGACGCUUGAGGAGCAGAGGACGCUGGCUGAGCCGCCUAAGGAGGAUCUGUCUCAAUUCUUUGUACCUAUAACUGCUGAAGAUGAAAUGGAAGUUCAGGAUUGUUUGUAUGGUAAUGGUUCAAGUAGCAAAGUCCUGGUGCUGCAUGAACCGUCUAACAUUGAGGUUAGCAGGGAAAAAAUUCGGUGUUUGAGACCACAUGGCUGGUUAAAUGAUGAGGUCAUUAAUUUGUACCUUGAAUUGUUAAAGGAGAGGGGAAUGAGAGAACCAAAAAGGUUCUUGAAAUGCCAUUUCUUCAAUACAUUUUUUUAUAAGAAGCUUGCUUGUGGAAAAACUGGAUAUGACUACAAAUCUGUAAAAAGAUGGACUACCUCCAGGAAGUUGGGUUAUGAGCUCAUUGAAUGUGAUAAAAUCUUUGUCCCCGUACAUCAAAAUGUGCAUUGGUGUUUGGCAAUUAUAAACAUGAAGGCGAAGACAGUACAAUAUCUUGAUUCUCUUGGCGGCGAUGAUCUUCGUGUAUACGAAAUGCUGGCUAGAUAUAUUGUGGAUGAAGUGAAGGACAAGAGUAAUAAAGAGAUUGACAUAAGUUCUUGGACCAAAGAAUCUAUUGAUCGUAUUCCUUUACAAGAGAAUGGGUGGGAUUGUGGUAUGUUUAUGCUCAAGUACAUUGAUUUCCACAGCAGAGGAGUCGGCUUAUCUUUUCGUCAGGAUCACAUGGAAUACUUUCGGAGGAGAACAGCUAAGGAAAUCUUAAGACUAAGGGCUGACUAA